GGCAGAGGAGUGGGAACAGGGACAGAGGGGUCUGGGAUGGAGGGAUGGGGACAGGAGGGACGGGGAGCAGUGGAAGGCUGUAAGAAAUGGAUGGGACACAGGGGAGAUGGGGAGAAAGGAGGGGUGUGGAAUACAGGGAUGGUGGGGACAGAGAUGGGGACACAGAGGGGACGGAGAAGGAGAGGAACUGGGAAUAAGGAAGGGAUGGAGCGGAUGGGACAGGAGCAGGACAGAGCAGUGGAGGGGCAGGGGACGGGGCCCACAUGUUUGUGGCCCUUUUGGGGUGUCCGUGGGGGGGUCCCAUCAAUGCCACCCUCCUGGCACAGGCGCUCGGGGACACAAAGGGGCUGCGUGCGCGGCAUCGCACGGCUGGAGCCGGCUUUGCCCAUUGCCCGGGUAACUGUUGCUGAGAUUCUGGGAUGGAAGUGCAUGGCACGGCCCUGUGCCACCGCCUGCACCCCCUGCCUGCCCCUGCUGCUGCCCGGCCACGGCUGUAGGGUGUGCACGGGGGUGUGCUUUGUGCCCCCAGGUGCAAAAGUGCUUGCGUGGGUGCAGGGCUACGCACGGCUACGGGGGAGUCGGUGGAGGGGGUGAGUGCCCAGGACGUGCUGCUGAUCCACUCGUGCCGCCAGUGGACGACGGUGACGGCCCACAGCCUGGAGGAGGGCCACUACGUCAUCGGCCCCAAAAUCGACAUCCCACUGCAGUACCCAGGGAAGUUCAAGCUGCUGGACCAGGACCGGGACAUCCGCGAGCCCGUGCAAUAUUUCAAUAGUGUGGAGGAGGUAGCCAGCAUCUUCCCAGACCGCGUCUUCGUCAUGGAGGCCAUCACCUUCAGCGUGAAGGUGGUGUCGGGGGAGUUCAGCGAGGACAGCGAGGUGUACAACUUCACGCUGCACGCGGGGGAUGAGCUGACGCUGAUGGGGCAGGCGGAGAUCCUGUGCGCCAAGACGGUGAAGGAGAAGUCACGCCUCAACACCCUACUGCGGAAGCUGGGCAAGGCAGCGCCGGCGGCGGGGGCCAGGCAGGUGAAGGGCAAAAUGCCGUGCCUCAUCUGCAUGAACCACCGCACCAACGAGAGCCUCAGCCUCCCCUUCCAGUGCAAGGGCCGCUUCAGCACCCGCAGCCCGCUGGAGCUGCGCCUGCAGGAGGGCGAGCACACCAUCCGCAGCAUCAUCGAGAAGGUCCGGCUGCCCGUCAACGUGGCUGUGCCCAGCCGCCCGGCGCGCAACCCUUACGACCUGCACGCCAUCCGCGAGGGACACUGCUACAAGCUGGUGGGCAUCAUCUCCAAGACGGUGGUGCUGUGCUGCAUCCUCCGGCGCGAGCGCCUCGUGCCAUUCCACUUCUUGCUGCUGGCCGACAUGCCGCGCUUCCAGCUGCCCGAGGGGCUGCUCGGCGGGGACCCGCAGCUGGAGAAGCUGCUGCGGGACAGCGCGGCAUAUUGCCACGAGCGCUUCAACCCCGAUGAGUACUCGCGGGCCGUGCGGGAGGCCAAGCCGGAUUUUUCGGAGGAAUGCGCCAGCCCCCGGCGCCUGCGGCUCUGCUUGCCGAGCUGCGGCCGAGAGGAGCUCAGCCAACCCCUGCAGCGGCUUUCGCUCUGCUUCUAUGGUGGGGGGCUGCCCCGCGCACCCCCGGAUUCAGCCACCCGCUGCCAGGACCCCCCUGAUCUUACUGAGCCUGACAGGGAGUACGUGACGCCUGAUUGGGCUGAGCCUGAAUUCAGGACUCAGGAGCCACUGGAGAUCCCCUACGAAGAGCUCUGGAGCAACCAGGGCCUGGACGGAUGCUCCUCCUUGCAGCCUGGCGCCGUGGGGCGGCCGGACCUCAUCGCCUUCGGGGCCACGUCCCCACUGGGCUCCCCGCGACGCCCCAGGGAUGAGCCGCUGGGGGACGCGCCGCCCCCCGUGCCACCCAAGUCAGAGGCGGUGAAGGAGGAGUGCCGGCUGCUGAAUGCCCCCCCUGUGCCACCCCGGGGCGGCCGCCCCACGGCCCCCCGCAGCCCCCCGGCCCCGCUGCGCUUCCCGAAGCUGGCACCGGCUCCCUCGCCCAGCCCCAGCCUCUCCUACUACUCCUCGGGGCUGCAUGAUGGGUCAGCCCCGCGGAGCGGCAGCGGCUCACCUUCACCCGACGCUUACUCCCUGUAUUGCUACCCCUGUGCCUGGGGAGACUGCAAAGCCGGGGACCCCCCCGGCUGCCCGCUGCCCCCCGCCGCCCCACCGGCCCCCACCGCCUGGUCCGAUCCCUGGGCCUACACCGAGGCAGGGGCCGGGGGGAACAGCGGCCGCUCCACUCCACUGCCGGCGACUGAGCCCCCCCUGAAGCCUUUCCGCAGCUGCCCCCGCCUCAAGCCCCCGCACCCCCAAAAACGCUUUGCACCCUUUGGGGCGCUCAACCCCUUCGCCGGCGCAACCGAGUGGCCCGAGAGCCCCGAGUGGCCCAAACCGCCUUCAGCCCCGGCUGCGCCCUCCUCCUCCUCUUCGCCGGAGCCCUUCGAGGGGCCGGAGCCGGCGGCCCCCCCCCGCCCACCCAAGGGCUUCGACGGGGACGGCGUCGUCAUCCGCGGCACGGCCCCACUCUCGCCUGCCAUGCUGCGAGGGGCCGAGGGCGGCAUCACCCACCUGUACCUGGCACAGGGCGUCAUCGAGGUGCCACCGGGGGCGUGGGGCGAAGGGGGGGCCCCGCCGGCUGCCCCCAGACCCAGCGGGGACGGGUCGCCCUGGCUGCCCCCCGCCGACCUCUCGGCCCUGUCGGUGGAGGAGGUCUCCAAGUGCCUACGUUUCAUCGGCCUCUCCGAGGACGUCGUCAGCUUUUUUGCCCGGGAGCGCAUCGACGGCAGCAUCUUCGUGCAGCUCAGCGAAGAGAUCCUGGCCGACGAUUUCCGCCUCACCAAGCUCCAGGUGAAGAAGAUCAUGCAGUUCAUCAAGGGCUGGCGCCCCAAAAUCUAGCCUGAUGAUGGGGGUCCCCGCGGGUGCCCCAAGCCAGCAGUGCCUCUCCCCGCUUUCAGCUGCGGGGUUUCCUCCUCCCCGAGCCUCCCCCUUUCCUGUUGUAACGCUGGACAGUUCAUUUUGGCCCGAAAGGGCUGGAAAAUAUCGGAGUUUGCAUUGACUGGUUUAACUUAAUCCUUGUGGAUUAGUGUAAUAAAACAUACGGGAGAAAACAAA